AAAAGCCCAGGUCUUGCCCUCGAUGCCCACCUUUUAGCAAUUCUAAAGGGCCAUUUGCUACUCGUCUUUCUGACUGUGUCCUUUCUUGGUUCUUGAAAUCUGCUUGCCUUGUCUUGAUCGCGCCUGGCUGUACCGCUGGGAGCUAGAUCUGUCUGGUAGCUGGCAGUCAAAAACCCGCAUUCCGAACGCUUAUCUCCCUCCUUUGCCACCCACCGUCCUGUCAUCAUGCCGUACAAAUCACGCUGGACCGUCGCCGUGCCCGAAUGCUCGUUACCGACAUUUCUCUUCAAAUCGCCCACCCAUGCACUCGGGUCUCAACGAUGUUUUUCUGAAGCCGCCCGGCCGGAUACGCACUACUUCACACGGGACACAUUCCGGCUCUGGGCACAGCGGUUUGCUCUGGGCCUCCAGCGCUCCAAACACUUCAAAAAGGGCGACCGCAUCCUCCUGUUCAGCGGAAAUGACCUGUUCGUGCCUGUCGUGUUCAUGGGGAUAUUGUGUGCCGGCGGGAUCUUCACGGGGGCCAAUCCAACGUUUGUCGCGCGCGAACUGGCCCAUCAACUCCGCGACUCGGGCGCGACGUACCUCCUCUGCGCGGACGGGAGCAUUGACACGGGCAUCGAAGCUGCGAGGCUCGCUGGGUUGGAUCCCUCGGAGCGCGUCUUCAUGUAUAAUGCCAGCAUUUACGAUGAUGACCAGGGAACAACGAAAUCGCGGCCGGGGAUCAAGGGCUGUAAGUAUUGGAGCGAAUUGGUUGCUCCUGCCGAAGACGCCAAAGGAUUCCAGUGGGACAAUCUCACAGGCACGGGCGAGUGUGACAGGACACUCGCAUUGAAUUACAGUUCCGGCACGACGGGCGUGCCCAAGGGCGUCGAGAUCACGCACAGAAACUACAUCAGCAACACGGUGCAGGUGGCGCACAUUGCGCGACAGCAUCCAGAGUACGAGGCGAGAAACGCGAGGGCACGCUGGCUGUGUUUCUUGCCGUUGUACCAUGCCUACGGCCAGACGUAUUAUGUCGCCGGGGCGUUCAAUAGAGCAGUGCCCGUGUAUGUCAUGCCGAAGUUCGACUUUGAAAAAAUGCUCGAGUAUACGCAGCGGUUUCGGAUCACGGAUUUCACACUCGUGCCGCCGAUCGCGGUGCUGUUGGCGAAGCACCCGGCCGUGGAGAAGUAUGAUUUGAGCAGCGUCGAGAACAUCGGGUGCGGGGCGGCGCCGCUGGGACGCGAUGUGUGUCUACAGGUCGAGAGACGACUUGGGAAUGGGUUGAAUCUGAAGCAGGGCUGGGGUAUGACUGAGUGUACAUGCUCGCUCCUAGGCUGGGACAUCAACAAGCAAUCCUUCAGCGCGGCCGUCGGCGAACCCAAUGCGAACUGCGAAGCGAAGAUCAUGUCUGAAGAUGGCACGCACGAGAUCACGGCGCGCGGACCCGAACACGUCGGCGAACUCUGGUGUCGCGGACCCAACGUCAUGAAGGGCUACUGGCGCAACCCGAAAGCCACGGCCGAGACGCUCACGCCCGACGGCUGGUUGAAGACGGGCGAUAUAGCGUACGUGGACGAGCAGGGCAUGUUCUUCAUCGUCGAUCGCAAGAAGGAGCUCAUCAAGGUCAAAGGCAACCAAGUCGCGCCCGCGGAGUUGGAGGCCUUGCUGCUCGAGCACGAAGCCAUCGCCGACGCCGCCGUCAUAGGCAUGCCGACGGACGACGGCGACGAGAAGCCGCGCGCUUUCAUCGUCAGGCAGCCCGGUAGCCGCCACCAGCAGCUGACCGAGGACGAGGUCAAGAGGUUCGUGGAGGGCAAGGUCGUGAGGUAUAAGAGGCUGGCGGGCGGUGUGGAGUUUGUCGAGGCGAUUCCGAAGAAUCCGUCGGGUAAGAUUUUGAGGAGGCAGUUGAGAGAUACGACGAGGGAGAGGUUGAGAAGGGACGGGGCGAGGUUGUAGAAUAUUAUUACAAGUACG